UAGGGAGGAGAGGUGGGGGUGGGAUUCCGUGACGUAACCAGCUCCACCUCCCGGUGCAUAUAAGGGGCGCUUGGCGCGCAACGACCCCAAGCAGCAGCUUCGAAGCCUGAGCCCACGAACUCGGCACCCCCAACCCAACUCGGCUUAACUAAGCUUCACCGAACCUGAUCGGAGACUGUCUGCUCCCAGGGCUCGCAACAGCUCUCUGAAUCCUCUUCAGUUCCAGCAAGAAUGCUGUGGCGGGCUCUUCGCAGAUUGGGUCAAAAGCUGGUGCGCCGACGUACACUGGAGCCAGGCGUGGCCGAGACUCGCCUUGCCAGAUGCCUGAGCACUCUGGAUUUGGUGGCCCUGGGUGUGGGCAGCACAUUGGGGGCGGGCGUGUAUGUCCUGGCUGGUGAGGUGGCCAAAGAUAAAGCAGGACCAUCCAUUGUGAUCUGCUUUUUCGUGGCUGCCCUGUCUUCUGUGUUGGCUGGGCUGUGCUAUGCGGAGUUUGGUGCCCGGGUUCCCCGUUCGGGUUCUGCAUAUCUGUACAGCUAUGUCACCGUGGGUGAACUUUGGGCCUUCACCACAGGCUGGAACCUCAUCCUCUCCUAUGUCAUCGGUACAGCCAGUGUGGCCCGGGCCUGGAGCUCAGCUUUUGACAACUUGAUUGGGAACUACAUCUCUCAGACCCUGCAGGGAAGCAUUGCACUGCAUGUCCCCCAUGUCCUCGCAGAAUAUCCAGACUUCUUUGCCAUGGGCCUUGUGUUGUUGCUCACUGGGUUGCUGGCUCUGGGAGCUAGUGAGUCGGCCCUGGUUACCAAAGUGUUCACAGUGGUGAACCUUCUGGUUCUUGGUUUUGUUAUCGUCUCUGGCUUCAUGAAGGGGGACCUGCACAACUGGAAGCUCACAGAAGAGGACUACAAACUGGCCAUGGCUAGGCUCAAUGACACCGAUAGCUUGGGCCCUUUGGGCUCUGGAGGAUUUGUGCCUUUCGGCUUCGAGGGGAUUCUCCAUGGAGCAGCUACCUGUUUCUAUGCAUUUGUUGGUUUCGACUGUAUUGCGACCACUGGGGAAGAGGCCCGGAGUCCCCAGCGCUCCAUCCCCACUGGCAUUGUGAUUUCGCUGUUGGUCUGCUUUCUGGCGUAUUUUGGUGUCUCUUCAGCACUCACACUGAUGAUGCCUUACUACCAGCUUCAACCUGAAAGUCCCUUGCCUGAGGCAUUUCUCCAUACUGGAUGGGCCCCUGCCCGCUAUGUUGUGGCUGUCGGAUCCCUCUGUGCUCUUUCGACCAGCCUUUUGGGCUCUAUGUUCCCCAUGCCUCGGGUGAUCUACGCAAUGGCAGAGGAUGGCCUCCUGUUCCGUGUCCUUGCCCGGAUCCACACUGGCACACACACCCCCAUCGUGGCCACUGUUGUCUCUGGCAUUAUUGCAGCAUUCAUGGCAUUCCUCUUUGAACUCACUGAUCUUGUGGAUCUCAUGUCAAUUGGGACCCUGCUUGCUUACUCCCUGGUGGCUAUUUGUGUUCUAAUCCUCAGGUAUCAGCCUGACCAGGAGAUGAGAAACGAGGAUGAUGAAGUGGAGUUGCAGGAGGAGAAGAUACCUGAAGCAGAGAAGCUGACCCUACAGGGACUAUUUUGUCCAUGCAAUUCCAUCCCCACUCCACUCUCCGGCCAAGUUGUCUAUGUGUGUUCCUCGCUGCUUGCUUUGCUGCUGACCAUCCUGUGCCUGGUGCUGGUCUGGUGGCCAGUUCCGCUGCUCUCCAGGGACCCCGCAUGGAUUGCAGUGGUUGUGCUGCUCCUGCUGCUCAUUACUGGGAUCACUGGAGUCAUCUGGAGGCAGCCCCAGAGCUCCAUUCCCCUUCACUUUAAGGUACCUGCUUUGCCUCUCCUCCCACUGAUGAGCAUCUUUGUGAAUAUUUACCUUAUGAUGCAGAUGACAGCUGGCACCUGGGCCCGAUUUGGGGUCUGGAUGCUGAUUGGGUUUACUAUCUACUUCACCUAUGGGAUCCAGCACAGCCUGGAAGAGGUUAAGAAUGACCACCCCCCACUCAAGUCUCGGGCCAAAACUGUAGACCUUGAUCUCAGCAGUGCCUGUACACGUUCGAUUUGACCUUGUCGCACCUGAGUGCUGUCCUGGUCCCCUGCACAAUAGCGGAGACCACUCUGGACCACAUGAAGAGCUAGGCUUCACACAGAUGUGGGCAGGGAAACACUAAUGGAGCUUUGUAUUUAUUGUGGUGUGAAGGGUGUGUCUUUGCUGCUCCUCACCUUUUUUCAAUUGUCUACUUUUUAAUCGUGGCUGUAGCUGCUUACCGACUUUUAAAAAAUCAUUAAAAGAAACUAGAAGAAGAAACUAUGUCUUGUUCU